AUGGCGGACACCAGCGUACGGUCGCGUUCGCCGAGCUCCACGAUUGAGGAGGCGGAUGGCAGAGCGUCCGAGAUGGAUGAGCAGAUCACGCCGCAACCUCCCUCGCCGGCGCGCCUGGAUCCGAGAACCACGUUACGGCACGUCCUCGAGAACUCCGAUUCUCAGCAGAACACCCCCUCCGCUUCAGCAUCUAAGCUCAAUGCCGACAUGACGGAGGACGAUGAGGCCAGAACGCCUAGCAGGACGGAAACCCCUGCGGAGGCUCCAUCCACGACGACCACCAGUGCCCCUCGGAGGCGCAAGGAGGCCGGGACAGGAAAUGGAAUCCAUAACCUAACUUAUCAUGGGAACAAAGUGCGGCAUCUCAAGAAGGACGAUGGGGAGCCCCUAUGGCGAAAAGAUAUCCAGUACGACUUCCUCAAGAUCAUAUUCGAAGAUGAGACGGCGUGCUUUACAAAUACCUACGAUCCGGAAAAUAUCGGCAAACAGACCUUUGCGGAUUUGUACAUCGAUGCUAUGGCUAGGAGUAGCAAGACCAGCAAGAUAUUGCGGGAUAAGCUUUUGACGGAACAUGAGCCGGCGAAGAACAUGGCCAUGGUCUGUCUUCUGGUGAAUUUGGGUCGCAUGAACACUACGUUGAACUUCUUUCCCGAAAUGCGAGCACAGCUCCGAACCUACCAUGCUAUUCCCUCAUUACAAGCACGUCAAGAUCCGAAUUCAUACAAGCAACUUCAAGAUGCGCCUCGACUCAAAUCGAUCCUUAAGGGAGCCUCUGAGGAUCGACCAGAGCCCAACACGCUGGACAAGAUCAAGGCACAGGAUGUCCCACGAACGAAUCCAGUGAAUCUUAUAUUCGUCAUUGCACAAUUCGCUCAUAAAGCCACGGAGCUACAUUUCCCGCCUCCUCGCGAUUUCUUCGAUUUGAUUAUGGGAACAAAUAUAUCAAGCGUAUCAAGGGCGCGUGCAUUCCUAUGGUUGAUGUGGUUCUAUUUGGAGUCCGACUUCACCGAGGAGGGCGCUGAGGAGAACCCAUUUGGCGCUGGUGUUGACUAUGGCGUCCAGGUCAGAAAUCAAGGCGUUCCGGAGCUUGAAAUGCUAACGGAGGAGCAAGAAGCGCAGGAAAACGUAGACACGCAAGAGGAGCUUGACUAUGGACACGCAAAGAUGCGGGAGAGGAAGCGCAUUAUUGAAGCAGACCAAGCUGCAUUUCAAGCUGAGCAAGGCCCACCAAAACGGGGUCCCAAACCAAAACUUCAACUACCCCCGGAUGAUGGCGGUCCCAGCCCAGCCGCCUCGAUAAGUCGAACACGGCCAAAAUUUGAUGAGAUGAGCGGAACUUUGAUGUCCAUGAUGGGCCGGAUUCGACCUAAAUACGAAUCUGAUAUUGAUAGUACUCGCUCCACACCGCCACCUCGAGCCCUUGGCGGCAGUAUGCGCAUUGGUGGAAGGGGUAGGGGCUCUCUAAAACAUCAGUUUGCUGAAGGGUCGUCCCCCGUACCGCAACCCGAGGCUGUCGUCUCGGUUAGACGCUCUAGACCCCUCACAGCACACCAACUGGCCGUGGAGCGGAAUCGAAACCAACGGGUUGACUAUAUCCUAAGUCGAGGUCUAAGAAAGCAGCAUCAUCGCGCCCGAAAAAUUCGCAAACAAGAAGGUGCCUUUUUCCGCGCGUUGAGGAGGACAGAACUGAUGCCCGAUUCUUUUGAGAACAGCGAGGGCGAGGAGAGCCUGCUCAAACCCCCUGCACCAUUUAGGGAAAGGGGUUUCGGGGGCCUUGUGCAACUCGCGAGCGAGGAAGAUGAUUUUGGUGAGGAAAUGUCGGCGUAUGCUGCUGCGUUCCGGAGGAUGGGGAGAAGGCUUGAUCGUUGGGACGGUCAGGAGGACUUGGGCGUCGUCGGCACUGGCCGUAUGGGGGCCCCCAAAACUCCUGUGGCCAACGGCCACGCUGCUCGUCCCGGCAAUGAUGAGACGGAGGAUGAGCGACCCCCGGAGAGCACAGCCAAACCCAAAAAGGGACGUCGAAAUACAAGUGCUCCAGCAAAGCGUGAAGAGGGUCUCGACGAUAUGGAUAAAGAGAUCUUAGGUCUUGGCAGCGAAGCUGAAGAUGAUGGGGACGAGGAUCUUGACGAUGUUGACAAGGCGUUGCUGGGACUUCCUGGGGAUGAGACGGAGGAAGAUGUCACUGAUGGGGGAGCUAUGGAUGUGGACUGA